AGAUGUCGAACGAAGAUGUUGCUGAAGACGUUUCUCAAGUCACCGACUUUCAUUUCCACACUUGCCGGAAGUUUCGGCUUUUUUCAUCAAAGUCAGAUGGGUACAGUCAAAAUGAGAUAAACAUUCGAAACCGAGUUGCUACGUCAUCUCAAUUGGGAGUUACCUUUGUAACAGUUAAUUCUAAUCAGUUAUCAUGCUUCCAUACAAAAAGUCUUCUUGGUUACAAAAUCACCCGAGAAAAUAUGAACGUUGAAGUUACGGAUCUACCAAUAAAAACAAUUCGUCUUCAUGGGGUCGUUUUAAUCAACGACAUGGGAGUUAAUUCUGAUGGAACAGUUCUCGGAGUUCUUCAUACUAAAAACAAUGACGUUUCUGUCGAUGUUUUCGAUAUUAAGAAAAUUUGUACAAGUUCAAGCAUUGAACCCUUCAAGCCGUUGUGUACUACAAGAGUUGGAACUGAACAAAUUAAUCAAGGAAGUUGUCUCGAGUGGAAUCCUGCUUUCCCAGAUACAUUUGCUGCUUCUUCAACAGAUCGUAGCAUUUUAGUCGCCAAGAUUAAUGUUCAAAGUCCUGCAAAUCAAAAACUUGUUGGAAUCGGAAAAUUUGGUGCUGUCACCACGGCAAUCAGUUGGAGUCCAAAAGGAAAACAGUUGACGAUUGGAGAUUCGCUGGGAAAAAUUGUGCAGUUGAAACCCGAAUUGGAGGUUGUUCGUAGUCAGCAUGGACCGGAGAACAAGCCGAACUAUGGAAGAAUUACUGGUUUAUGUUGGUUGGCUACAACAGAAUGGCUGGUAUCUCUUGAAAAUGGAACAGAUCAAGAUGCUUACCUAAUGCGGUGUAAAAAAGAUAAACCAACCGAAUGGAUUCAAUUUCACGAGCUCUCGUAUUCCUCUUCCAAAUGGCCUCUUCCUCCUCAACUGUUCCCAGCUACUCAACUUCUUGUCGACUGGAAUGUUGUAAUUGUCGGAAAUUCGAAAACAAGUGAAAUAUCAACAGUUGGAAAACGAGAUGACUGGCAAACAUGGGUUCCUGUUGAAGGAGAAAGUAUUUACUUGCCAACUACGUCUAGUGGUAAAGAUACAGUUCCAAUUGGAGUUGCGGUUGAUCGUUCAAUGACAGAUGAGGUUUUACUCAAUCCUGACGGCUCUCAGAGACAUCGCCCAUCUCCUCUCGUACUUUGUUUAACAAACGACGGCAUUCUCACUGCUCAUCACAUCAUUAGCACAUUUGCAGCUCAUAUCCCUUGUCAAAUGUCCAGUCAAAAUUUGGCGAUCAAUGACUUAAAGAAGCUCCAAUUUGAUUCACAGAAACCCAUAUCUGCUCCACCUUCUGAUCAGACACCCGUUACAAAACCGUCUACGGUGUUUGGGCAAAAACCAGAAGCUGAAACUCUAAAAUCAUCUCUUGUUGGAUCUCCAUCAUCUGUUCAGACACCUAAACCUUCAUCAUCACUUUUUAACCCUAAAUCAAUCGCAAGCAACAUUGAGACAUCACAGUUAACAGAAUCCAAGCCAUCAACUCCGGCAGCUCCAAGUUCCCAACCAAAAAUUGCGUCAACACCAAAAUCAGAAGCAAUUCCGAAAAUUUCAGACAAAACUUUGGAACAUAAAAAGGCUGAACUGAUUGCAACCAAAAAGCAGGUUCUUAUCGAAAGAAUGGAUAAAAUCAAUGAUUCAAUGGCUGGAGCUAAAGAUGCUACGAUGAAAUUAUCAUUUGCUGUGGGAAAAGUGAAAACUACAAUUAUGGAAUGUGCUGAUGUGGUUAGGGCAUCAUUAGGAGAUUCUAAAGAAGUUAUGGACGAACUGAAAAAUCUAAUUUUGUCGAUCGAGCGAAUGUCUGACAGAACACAACACACGGUGAAGGAAAUGGAUUUUGAAAUCGACGAAAAAAUGGAAUUAGUUGCCGGAGUGGAAGAUGGCAAUCAAGUUUUAGAGAAGCUCAGAAAUAUGUCAGAAACUGAGAAGCUGAUGAGAUUCAACAAACUGGAGACUGCUGCCGAUUUGUUAAAUGGAAAAUAUGAAGAAUGUAGCGAUUUGAUUAAAAAACUGAGAAUGAGCUUGUCUGAGAAGGAGUCACUUCGAAAACAGGCAAUAUUGUCACCACUUCGUCUCAGUUCAAAUCUCAAUCAACUUCGCUCCGGUAGUGAAACCGAGUUGGCUCUUAAAGUUAUGCGCAACGUCUCAAAAAUCAUCAUGGAUACCCGAGAGCAAAUUCAGCGAACUGAAUUAGAAUUUGUCCGUUUCCAAAGGGACGUCAAAUUUCAAAACUUCAAGAAGGGAAAGGAAAAUCUGAACUUCACGCAACCACUGGAGAUGAGUAGUCUAGAUGGAGACGCUCCUCAAGGAAAAUCUCUCACUGAUGCAGAAAGUAUCAAAGUAAGACAAGCACUUGUGAAUCAAAUUCAAAAACGAGGAAUUGUGAAGACUAGAAACGUCAUCGUGGAGUCUUAUAAAAAGUCAGAAAAUUCGGCAGCAAUGAAAAAUGAUUUGCUCGAUACUUCAAAUCUUUCAAAUGCAAUUCUCAAGUUGAGUAUGACACCAAGACGAGUUAUGCCAUCUUCUUCACUAUUCUCUGCAUCUCCAUCUACACCAUCCACUAAAUCAGAUGCAGCAACUCAAGCCGAUGAACCUCCUAUUGUUAAAACUGUCGUGGUAACAGUUGAAUCACCAGCAAAGCCAAUAGCUUCUGCUCCAGCUGUCUCUUCGCCAUUGAUAAAGCUCAAUACAACAACUGCGACCACAACAAUGACGACACCAAAAGUAACAGUUCCAAAAGAAGAAGCAAAUAAAACACAAGAUCAAAAACCAAUCAUUUCUACGCCAGCAUCAUCUUCCAUUUUCUCUUCGGGUAGUUUGUUUGGAACAAAAACACAAACACCUUUAGUUUCCAAAGAAGAGUCUACAUUAACAACUGGAGUGCCUUCUUUGAUUAACAGUUCCCUGAGCAUCAGUCCACAAGAAAUCGAAAAAGCAUCCUCGAAAGUGGAGACACUGAAUAAAACUGAAGAAGUAAAAGAUGAAAAAUCUGAAAAUGAAGUUACACCUGACUUGAAGUCUGAAGAGCCUAAAUCAUUAGAAACAAAAGUGAAAGAGGAGCCAAAACCAGCUGUUCAGACUCCAGUGAAAGAAGAGGAAACGGGAAGUAAUAUACAAAAAACACCAAGUUUUUCGUUCAACUCAACAACUACCCCAAAGUCGACUUCCUCCACCUCAUCGAUCUUUGGCGGUGGUCUUAAAACUCAAACUCCCAGCUCUUCCAACUCAACAAAUAUUUUUGGAGCUCGAACCACAACAACGGCCACCCCUACACCUGCAUCGAACACGUCAAGUAUUUUUGGAGGUGGCUCAAAAGCAGCAAGCUCUCCAUUUGGAAGUUUUGGACAGGCUGGUUGCCAACCGGCUAAAACUUCGAACCCUGCAACAUCUACUGCUUCUGUGACUUUUUCGUUUAAUACUGGAGCAACGUCGGCAUCAGCAAAGCCGGCAGGGUUUGGAUCUUUCGGUGCAGGCGCCUCUGCUAAACCAUCCUCCGUUUUCGGAGGUUCAGUGACUGCGCCUACAGUUCCAAAUGUGGAUGAUGGAAUGGAAGACGAUUCAAUGGCAAAUGGUGGAGGUUCUGGAGGUUUUAUGAGUGGACUUGGAAAUGCGAGAACAUCCAACACUUCUGGUGGAAAUAAUCCGUUUGCACCGAAGACGUCAACUGGGACAUCAGCCAGUAGCAGUUCAUGGCUUUUUGGUGGUGGUGGUAAUCAACAACAACAGCAACAGCAAAAACCGUCGUUUUCUUUCAACACUGCCGGAUCGUCAGCUCAACAAGCAUCUGCACCUGCAACAGGAACGUCGUCAGUUUUUGGAGGAGCUCCGAAAUUCGGAUCGCAACCAGCAUUUGGUGCUAAACCAUUCGGAGGAGGGGCGAAUGCAGGAUUAUCUAAAAAUGCUUCAAUCUUCGGAGGAGCAACAUCUUCCACAACCAACAACCCUGCCACUGGUGGAUUUGCUCAAUUUGCAUCAGGCCAGAAGACUUCAUCUUUGUUCGGUGGAGGUGCAACUCCACAGACGAAUACUUCUAUCUUCGGUGGUGGAGCUAACACAACUCCAGCUCCGACAUCUUCUGUGUUUGGAGGAGGAGCAUCUGCCAAUGCCAAUAAACCGACAUCUUUCACAUCAUGGCGAUAAUAUAUUUUUAAUGUCUAACAUAUUGAUUCAUCAAACUUUAAUUGUAGUUUAUAGUCCAUCUCCCCAAUUAUUUUCCCAAGUACUUGUUUUAUUGAUUAUCUCGGACCGGUUAUUUUGUUGUCUGUCGUGUUUUUGAAUAUUCAUUUUCAUAAAUUUUGUCAAUUAAG